AUGCUUGGUCUUGGUGACUAUGAGAGCAGCAGUGAGGAUGAGGUGGAGCGCAAGGGUCCUUCACCCAAGCCUCAGGUAUUCGAAUCCCGAGAGAGCAGUACUGGAGAGGCGCUGAUUCCGAAGCAACAGCGUACCAAGGACAUUCAACCUACAACCUCACAAGCUGGCCAGAAUGAAGAUCAUAAUCUACCCCGACAACAACUAACGGAGACACGAUUUCACGUUGCCACCGAUUCAGUCCCAGAAGGGCCUGUCCUUGGCCCCGCUUCUAUCGACAUGGCGCCCCUCUCGGAGGACAAGCAUUCGACAAGUGGACGCUCAUCUCCUUUUUCGGCUUCACGGGCACUCGUUCAAGACCUCACUCUUCCCCCGAUUCCUAAUUUAGACAUCCCGCCAUCGCCUCCUGGAUCUCCCAAUCCAGCCGCGAACGCGAAAUUCGAGCAUUUCCUCUCCCUCAAAAAGCAAGGUGUACACUUCAACUCCAAAUUGGCCAGUUCGUCAUCGCUUAAGAAUCCAAGCUUGCUGAAGAAGAUGAUGGAACAUGCUGGGAUCAAUGAGCAAUCGCAAUAUGACACAUCGCUGCCAGCCGACUUAUGGAAUCCGUCCAAUCUACCCAAUUGGGGGUUCAAGGAAGAACUUUUGAGAACCCAGCAAGACUUCCGUAAACAAUCGGAGGAGAAAAAGGCAUCGGGCCAACGAAGCUCGGUUGAUUUUGUCACUGGGUCUGCCUGA